AGGAGACAUCACACUCACUUACAGCUCCAGCACACACAUAGCAGCUUUCCCCAUAUUUCACUGCACAAAGCAGCCUGUACAAUGCCGGUGACUGAGAAGGACCUGGCGGAGGAUGCCCCAUGGAAGAAGAUCCAGCAGAACACCUUUACCCGUUGGUGCAAUGAACACCUGAAAUGUGUCAACAAGAGGAUAGGCAACCUGCAGACCGACCUGAGUGAUGGGCUCCGACUUAUCGCCCUGCUGGAGGUGCUGAGCCAGAAGAGAAUGUACAGAAAGUACCACCAGAGACCUACCUUCAGCCAGAUGCAGCUGGAGAACGUGUCUGUAGCCUUGGAAUUCCUGGAGAGAGAGAACAUCAAACUGGUGUCUAUAGACAGCAAAGCAAUUGUGGAUGGAAACCUGAAGCUGAUCCUUGGUCUUAUUUGGACCCUUAUUCUACACUAUUCUAUCUCCAUGCCAGUAUGGGAAGAUGAGGGUGAUGAAGAAACCAAAAAUCAGACCCCAAAACAGAGGCUUCUAGGCUGGAUUCAGAACAAGAUUCCUUAUUUGCCCAUUACCAACUUCAAUCAAAACUGGAAAGAUGGCAAAGCUCUCGGUGCCCUUGUCGAUAGCUGUGCGCCAGGUUUGUGUCCUGACUGGGAGACAUGGGACCCCAAUAAGCCAGUUGAUAAUGCCCGUGAGGCCAUGCAGCAAGCAGAUGAUUGGCUUGGCGUUCCGCAGGUGAUAACCCCAGAAGAGAUUAUCCACCCAAAUGUUGAUGAACACUCUGUCAUGACCUACCUGUCACAGUUCCCAAAAGCUAAGCUUAAGCCUGGAGCCCCAUUGAAGCCUAAGUUAAAUCCUAAAAAAGCAAGAGCUUAUGGUCGAGGUGUGGAACCUACAGGGAAUAUGGUAAAAAGACCGGCACCCUUCACCGUAGAGACAAUCAGUGCUGGGCAAGGGGAGGUUUUGGUCUAUGUGGAAGACCCCGAAGGAAUCAGAGAAGAGGCCAAGGUAAUAGCCAACAAUGACAAGAACAAGACUUUCUCUGUUGAAUAUGUACCUAAAGUGACUGGCGUCCAUAAGGUGACUGUGCUUUUUGCUGGUCAGCACAUAUCAAAGAGCCCAUUUGAAGUCGAUGUUGAGAAAGCACAAGGAGACGCCAGUAAAGUGACAGCUAAAGGGCCAGGCUUGGAGACAACUGGUAAUAUUGCCAAUAAACCCACCUAUUUUGACAUUUACACAGCAGGUGCUGGAGUUGGAGAUGUUGGUGUUGAAGUGAUUGAUCCACAGGGGAAGAACAAUACAGUAGACAUUGUACUUGAAGAUAAAGGAAAUUGUCUAUACCGCUGUACCUAUAAGCCCAUGAAACCUGGACCUCACAGUGUAAAUAUCAACUUUGGUGGGGAAAUUACACCAAAAUGUCCUUAUCAAGUUAAUGUUGGGGAAGCCUGUAACCCAAACGCUUGUCGAGCCAGCGGACGUGGCUUGCAGCCCAAAGGUGUCAGGAUUAGAGAAACUGCUGAUUUUAAGGUUGACACCAGGACUGCAGGAAGUGGUGACCUCCAUGUCUCCGUGAAAGGGCCAAAGGGUCUGGAUGAGCUUGUGAAACAGUUGGAGGCGGUGGAUGGAGUGCAUUUGUUUGAAUAUUACCCUUUGCACACCGGGAAACAUGUGGUCAUCAUCACUUGGGGCGGACAUCAUAUCCCUAAAAGCCCAUUUGAGGUUCAGGUGGGACCUGAAGCUGGCCCUCAAAAAGUGCGGGCAUGGGGCCCGGGGCUCUCUGGAGGAGUGGUUGGAAAGUCUGCAGAUUUCGUAGUAGAGUCCAUUGGCACAGAAGUGGGCACUUUAGGUUUCGCUAUUGAAGGUCCUUCUCAGGCAAAGAUUGAAUGUGAUGAUCAAAGUGAUGGAUCUUGUGAUGUCAAGUACUGGCCAAAGGAACCUGGCGAAUAUGCUGUUCACAUCAUGUGUGAUGAUGAAGACAUCAAGAAUAGUCCAUACAUGGCCUACAUCCUGCCUGCAUCUGGAGACUUUAGCCCAGAGAAGGUUAAAGCAUAUGGUCCGGGACUGGAGAAAACUGGAUGCAUUGUUAACCAUACAGCAGAAUUCUAUGUUGAUCCAAAAGAUGCUGGGGCUGCACCUUUACAGAUCUUUGCCCAGGAUGUUGAAGGAAGUCCUGUGGAUAUCAACACGAAGGCUAAACCAGAUGGAACGUAUGUCUGCUCCUACAAUCCUGUGAAGCCCAUUAAACAUACAAUUGCUGUCACAUGGGGUGGUGUUAGUGUACCCAACAGCCCAUAUAGGGUAAAUAUUGGACAAGGAAGUCACCCACAAAAUGUUAAAGUUUUUGGCCCUGGGGUGGAUAAGACUGGUCUGAAAGCAAAUGAACCAACACACUUUACAGUGGACUGUACUGAAGCCGGGGAAGGUGACGUAAGCGUUGGCAUCAAAUGCGAUGCCCGUGUGAUCAGUGAUGAAGAGGAGGACAUUGAUUUUGAUAUCAUUCCCAAUGCCAACGACACGUUUACAGUUAAAUACAUUCCCCCUGGUGCCGGGCGAUACACCAUUAAAGUUCUUUUUGCUGGAGAGGAAAUCCCACACAGUCCAUUCAGAAUUAAGGUUGAUCCCUCGCAUGACGCCAGCAAAGUGAAGGCUGAAGGCCCUGGGCUUAAUAAAUCUGGUGUAGAAAAUGGAAAACCCACACACUUUACCGUCUUUACCAAAGGAGCAGGAAAAGCCCCUGUUGAGGUCAAGUUCAAUGGACCUUCUGCAGGAGAUGCCGUGAAGGAUUUUGAGAUUAUUGACAACUAUGAUUAUUCCCACACUGUUCGCUACACUCCAGUCCAACAGGGCAAAAUGAAAGUUGAUGUCAAUUAUGGGGGCGAUCCUAUUCCUAAAAGUCCAUUCACUGUGGGGGUUGCUGCUCCUUUGGACCUGAGCAAGAUAAAGAUCAAUGGACUAGAUAGUAGAGUGGAAGUGGGUAAAGACCAGGAAUUCACCGUGGACACAAAGGGUGCUGGUGGCCAAGGGAAAGUAGAUGUAAAAAUUACUAACCCCAGUCGGAAAUCUGUUCCUUGUUUGGUGGAGCCUGUUACUGGUAAAGAGUGCAGCUCUGUAAAGUAUAUUCCCAAGGAAGAGGGUGUGCACAAUGUGGAGGUGAACUAUGAUGGAAACCCGGUACCUGGUAGUCCAUACAGUGUGGAAGCCACCUUACCUCCCGAUCCGACAAAGGUUAAAGCUUAUGGGCCAGGAUUGAAAGGAGGCCUUGUUGGCAAGCUUGCAGAGUUUACCAUUGACACUAAAGGAGCAGGCACUGGAGGGCUGGGUUUAACUGUUGAAGGCCCUUGUGAAGCCAAAAUUGAAUGUUCUGACAAUGGCGAUGGCACCUGCUCAGUUUCAUAUCUACCGACUACGCCUGGAGAGUACUUUGUGAACAUUCUCUUUGAAGAGACUCAUAUUCCCGGGUCACCAUUCCAAGCUGAUAUUGAAAUGCCUUUUGAUCCCACUAAAGUAAUUGCUACUGGUCCUGGCUUGGACCAUGGUAAAGUAGAGGAGGCUGGCUUGAUUCAUGUGGAUUGUUCACAAGCAGGUCCUGGCAUACUUACGAUGGAGGCAGUGUCUGACUCUGGCUCCAAAGCUGAGGUCUACAUUCAGGAUAACAGUGAUGGAACGCAUGCUGUCACCUAUGUUCCAAUGUUUGCUGGAAUGUAUACAUUGGCUAUGAAGUAUGGGGGAGUACAAGUGCCAAAGUUUCCUGCUAGGGUUAAGAUUGACCCUUCCGUGGAUACUAGUAAAAUCAAAGUGUUCGGACCUGGAAUUGAAGGGGAUGGUGUAUUUAGGGAAGCUACAACCAAUUUCACUGUGGAUGCCAGGUCUCUGACUAAAACUGGGGGGAAUCACAUCAAAACCAAGAUCUUAAAUCCCUCUGGAGCAUCCACCGAUUGCCAAGUCAAAGAUAAUGGUGAUGGGACUUACGAGGUGGAGUACAUACCUUUUGAAAAAGGUGCCCAUACAGUAAAGGUAACCUAUGAUGAUGAGCCUGUACCUAGAAGUCCAUUUAAAGUUGGAGUGACAGAAGGAUGUUUCCCUUCACGUGUAAAGGCUGAAGGUCCAGGAAUCCAGGAGGCUCUCACAAACAAACCAAAUGCCUUUUCAGUUAUAACACGAGGUGCUGGAAUUGGUGGUCUAGGCAUAACCGUCGAGGGUCCCUCAGAAUCCAAAAUGUCUUGUAAAGACAAUAAGGAUGGAAGCUGCAGUGUGGAAUAUAUUCCGUAUGCUCCAGGAGAAUACGACGUUAAUAUCACAUAUGACGGGGAACAUAUUCCAGGUAGUCCAUUUAAGGUCCCUGUAAAAGAUGUUGUAGAUCCCAGCAAAGUAAAAGUAUCCGGCAUGGGACUUGGAAACGCUGUACGGGCUAAAAUUCCACAGCAGUUUACGGUUGAUGCAAGCAAAGCCGGCGUCGCUCCUCUUAGUGUUGCAGUAACCGGACCAAGAGGUGUUGUGGAGCCUGUGGAUAUUACUGAUAAUGGUGACGGGACACAUACUGUGGCCUACACACCUAGUGUUGAAGGUCCAUACACUGUGGCUGUCCAGUAUGCAGAUGAGGAGAUUCCUCGGAGUCCUUUCAAAGUGAAAGUUCUUCCUACAUAUGAUCCCAGCAAAGUGACAGCCAACGGUCCGGGUCUCAGCUCACAGGGGGUUCCUGCGAGUCUUCCUGUGGAUUUUGCUGUGAAUGCUAAGGAUGCUGGAUUAGGAGAUCUCUCUGUUCAGAUAACUGACCAGGAAGGUAAACCAAAGAAGGCUCAAGUUCUGGACAACAAGGAUGGAACCUAUGCCGUAUCCUAUCUUCCUGAUAAAACUGGACGCUAUCUGGUUGCCGUAAAAUAUGGUGGAGAUGACAUACCUUAUUCUCCAUACAGAAUUAGGGCAAUGCCAUCUGGAGAUGCCAGCAAAUGUACAGCUGCAGGACCAGGAAUCCAACCGGCUGUGAAGACUGGUGAAGAGGUUGGUUUUGUGGUUGAUGCCACAACUGCUGGAAAAGGAAAGGUGACUUGUAGCAUACUAGAUCCAGAUGGUCUAGAAUCAGAAGCAGAUGUCAUUGAGAAUGAGGACGGAACCUACGACAUCUUUUACACCACUGCUAAAACCGGGCCCUAUGUUAUACAUGUCCGCUUUGGUGGCGUGGACAUCCCCAACAGCCCCUUCACUGUUAUGGCUACAGAUGAAGUCCCAGUAGUGGCUCAGCAGCAGACUGUUAGUGCUUGUCCCCCAGGCUAUGAACCUUUGGUGUCAGAAUCCGCCUACGCCCCUGUUGGCUCCAUGAACGGUAUGGGAUUCAAGCCGUUCGAUUUAGUCAUCCCAUUUGCCAUAAGAACUGGAGAGAUAACAGGCGAAGUCAUCAUGCCCUCAGGGAAGACCGCGCCUGCGGAUAUUGUUGACAAUAAGGAUGGCACAGUGUCCGUGCGUUAUGUACCAACAGAGACUGGACUCCACGAGUUACAUAUUAAGUGUAAUGGAACCCAUAUUCCAGAGAGCCCCUUACAGUUUUAUGUUAACUAUCCCAACACUGGAAGCGUCUCGGCGUAUGGACCAGGGCUCAGCUAUGGCGUAGCAAACAAGCCAGCCACGUUCACCAUUGUUACGGAGGAUGCAGGGGAAGGUGGUCUUGACCUGGCAAUUGAAGGCCCCUCAAAAGCUGAAAUAAGCUGCAUUGAUAAUAAGGAUGGUACCUGCAGUGUUACCUACCUGCCCACCUUACCUGGAGAUUACAGCAUCCUGGUCAAAUACAAUGAGACUCACAUUGCCGGAAGCCCAUUUAUUGCUAAAAUCACUGACGUGAUGUCAUCUGUUCUGCCUUCAGAUGACAGCAGGAGACGUUCCCAAGUCAAACUGGGGUCCACAGCUGAUUUCUUGCUGGAUAUCAAUGAGACCGAUCUCAGCCUACUGACUGCCAGCAUUAAGGCCCCAUCUGGUCACGAUGAGCCUUGCCUCCUGAAGAGACUUCCCAAUAACCACAUUGGUAUCUCUUUCAUCCCACGAGAAGUAGGAGAGCAUUUGGUCAGCAUUAAAAAGAAUGGUCGUCACGUGCCUAACAGCCCUAUAUCCAUCAUGGUAUACCAGUCCGAAAUAGGAGAUGCCACCAAAGUGAAAGUUUAUGGACCAGGGUUAACAGAGGGACGGACAUAUGAGAUGUCUGAUUUUGUGGUGGACACAAGGGAAGCUGGUUAUGGUGGACUCUCCUUAGCAGUCGAAGGACCCAGCAAAGUUGAUAUUCAGACUGAAGACUUGGAUGAUGGUACUUGCCAGGUGUCAUAUUGCCCAACGGAGCCAGGAAUUUACAUCAUUUCUAUCAAAUUUGCCGAUGAACAUGUCCCAGGAAGCCCCUACACUGCCAAAGUAACGGGAGAAGGAAGAAUAAAGGAGAGUAUUACACGACGGAGAAAGGCCCCUUCUGUUGCUACAGUAGGGGGCAUUUGUGAGCUUAAUUUAAAAAUACCAGAAAUCGAUAUGCGAGAACUGUCUGCUGAAGUCACCAGCCCCUCAGGAAGGACAGAUGAUGCCGAAAUAGUUGACCUUGGCCACAAUACAUGUUGUGUGCGCUUUGUUCCUCAAGAAAUGGGAGUGCACACGGUAAGCGUCAAGUACAGAGGGGAGCACGUGCCCGGAAGUCCUUUCCAGUUUACUGUGGGGCCACUGGGAGAAGGAGGAGCUGAGAAAGUCAAGGCAGGAGGUCCUGGCCUGGAGAGAGGGGAGGCUGGUAAUCCAGCUGAAUUCAGCAUAUGGACACGGGAAGCAGGUGCUGGAGGACUUUCCAUUGCUGUGGAAGGGCCAAGCAAAGCAGAGAUUUCCUUUGACGACCGAAAGGAUGGAUCCUGUGGGGUUUCUUAUGUUGUUCAAGAGCCUGGUGACUACGAAGUGAUCAUCAAGUUCAACGAUGAACAUAUCCCGCAAAGCCCGUUUAUGGUUCCGAUCAUCGCUCCCUCUGAUGACGCCCGUCGGCUCACUGUCUCUAGUCUUCAGGAGUCUGGCUUAAAGGUCAAUCAACCGGUGUCAUUCGCCAUCAGACUAAAUGGUGCAAAGGGCAAGAUUGAUGCCAAAGUGCACAGUCCCUCAGGAGCUGUGGAGGAAUGCCAUGUUUCUGAGCUGGAACCAGACAAGUAUGCAGUGCGUUUCAUUCCCAGGGAAAAUGGCAUACACACUAUUGAUGUCAAGUUUAAUGGAAGCCAUGUACCUGGCAGCCCCUUCAAGGUGCGUGUGGGAGAACCAGGACAGGAGGGAGACCCUGCUCUUGUCACUGCUUAUGGUGCUGGACUGGAGAAAGGGGUUACAGGUAAACAGUCUGAUUUCACAAUCAACACAACCAAAGCAGGACCUGGGGCACUGUCCGUCACCAUCGAAGGUCCUUCAAAGGUGACAAUGGAAUGUAAAGAGUGUCCAGAGGGAUACAGGGUACUUUACACUCCCAUGGCCCCAGGAAAUUACACCAUUGGAGUGAAGUAUGGAGGCCCCAAUCACAUCCUUGGCAGUCCAUUCAAAGCUAAAGUUACAGGUCAGCGACUAGUCAGUGCCGGUGGUCUUAGUGAAACAUCUUCUAUAAUAGUGCAGUCUGUGACUCGUGCCUCAACAGAGACCGUAUAUAGUGCACUACCCAGGUUUGCUUCUGACGCCAGUAAAGUCACAUCCAAAGGAGCAGGUCUAUCAAAAGCAUACUUGGGACAGAAGAGCAGCUUCACUGUAGACUGCAGUAAAGCAGGUUCUAACAUGUUACUAGUUGGUGUACAUGGUCCCACAAUACCUUGUGAGGAAGUCUCUGUAAAACAUCUUGGAAAUAAACAAUAUAACGUCAACUACCACGUCAAGGAGAAAGGAGAUUAUACUCUGGUGGUAAAAUGGGGCGAGGAGCACAUCCCUGGCAGCCCCUUCCAUGUCUCCGUCCCAUAAAAUGUAUAGAACCUUCCAAAUCGGGAUUCAGCAAAAACAAGAGAUCUUCUUUAUUUGAUCGCAUGGAGCUGACAUCUACAGAUUGCGUGAUCGGAAAAAAAACAAAAACUUUCAAUGUAAUUUUAUAUGUGACUUUUUUAUACUAGGGAAGUGAAAAUUUUUAUGUGUUUUAGGUGUCCAUUUGGUAAUUUAAUAGCAAAUCUCUACUGCUGGAAGGGCUUAUUUAUACUUGUUGAUAUUGUUUAACUCUUUGGAUGCCAAGCAAAAUAACUUUUUUUUCCCUGGUAACUUUGAUUAAUCAUUUAAAAAGGGGACCAAUUAUAUUGUCUUUAAAGAUCGAUAUGAAGUAAAACCGGAAUUAUUUCUUCACUAUUAGAUACCUAAUGGAACUACUGAUAAUCCCAACUUGUAGUCCUCAGUCUAAUGUCCAUAAAGUUUGGAAAAGUAGUGAGGAGUCUAGUACUUUCUAUAGCACCUUUGGCUCACUGUUUGGUCUCUGGGCAGUAAAAAGUUUCUCCGUUCAGUAACACUAACUUAUAUUGCUGGUAACAUAAUAGGGAAAUGUAUAGAUUUUUUUUGUUUUUUUUUUGGAUUAAAACCACCAAUUAGUUGAUGAAAAUUUAGUUUACCCUCCUCAAAGCCUACAUAUAGAAGUAUGACAUGAUUAUAAUUACCCAUAGUGCUUGAUUUUUUUUAUAGUUUUAUAAAAUUAAUGAUUGUAUCCAAGACAAAUCAUAUCAAGCAUAAACAUUUCCUCUACCUGGCUUUCUGUAUAUCAAGAUAUCUGGAAAACUUUGCUUACCUUUUAUUAAUUGUAUAUCAGAUAUGGUCACUUUAUAAACACAUGUAUGUGAAAAUUUCCUUUAUUUGAGUGAUGGUAAGAUCAUGUUUUAGGCUAUACUAUAAACUAUUUGGUGGGGGGAAAAAAAAGACAAAAAUGAUGUUAAACCUGAUCACUAAUCUAAAAUCCAACACUAGCUUGUCUAUGAUUAUUUUAUUUAUUGGCCUCAUUUACUACAUAUUUGUACAAAUAGAAAUGGGAAAAACAAAACAAAAAAACAAACAAGGUUAACCCAGGUGCUGGCCUUCUGAGCGUUCCCAUUAUGGUUCCUUAACUAUUUUAUUCAUGCAGCCAUGAAGUAGAACAUCGCGUAGCAAACUUUUUCCUGGAAGGUUUUCAAUGGUAGAAAAAUAAUUUUUUUAACAAAUGGAUUUUGUUUUCUAUGUAAAAUAUCUUUAUAGCAAAAUGUCACCUUGUAUUAAACUUUUCUAGAAAAAAAUUCUGUGUUUUUAAAAUGCUAUUUUUGAAACACUAUCAAGCAGAGCUAGGUAUAUGAUUCUUUUUACUGUGCAUUGUGUCUCACUGUGAAACUCACUACUUUGUAAACCCCAAACAAAGAAACCAAUAAACUGGAAUAAAUUGUUUAGUAUCUAA